AUGCCUGCCUUUGACUCUACCAAAGAUCCAGAGAUAGAUGCUAUGUACCCAGAGCCAAUAUUAUCUUUAUCUCGAAAAGAUUACGGUAAAUUACUUACUACUCAAAAAACUUAAGCGUUAUAUAUUUAACUUACAUUAGAACUCUCAGAAAUACUAGUACCACAAAGCGAAUUGGCUUCAAUUCCCUUAACCCCUACGAGACAAAUACAAUAUAAGCAUCAAUCAAUUCCAAAUUCUCCUCGAUCUCUUAGUACUUUAGGUACAUGAAUCGAAUAUCAACUAAAGUCUAUUCCAAUUCCAAAAUCCCCGCAUGCCGAACGAAACUAUUACAAUCUUCGUAAAGAUACAAAGCUUCUUCUUUCAGCUGCCCAAAAGCAAUACUCCACGGCCCAACUUGCGCAUGAAGUCCAACAACAGGCAAAGAUUGAGAAACAAAAUCAAAAGCGAAAGAGAAAAGCCAAUACUGGUCGUACUAUUCCAAUGGGUGGAAGGGCUUUUCUUAAUGGAGGAGAAAUCAAGCAUAUUAUCCAUGAGAGCAACCAACGGACAGAAACAGAACUCCGCAGUCAACUAGAACGAUUAGAAAAAUUGAAAAAAAGCCAAUUAGCAAAAAUCGAAAGUCUCGAAACUCGAAUCAUGAAAGCUAAGUUACCAGAGAGUAAGCAGCAAAACCAUACUGGCCAGGAACGUGAACGGCAGAACCAGCGCAAAUCCAAAACCAUUUCUGAAGGCCGAAGGCCUAAAGUCUUCAAGCUUGCGACUCAGCUUGCCAACGAGCAUAUAUGCGAAACCGCCAAACUACCAGAAAUGAUCCACAAAAUUGAGCUUAAGCAGACUGAGCUUAAAAACUUUGUUUCCUCUCAAAGCCCAGAAACAGAGCAGACCGAUCAAGCUGUUUUUCCUGGUUCGGAAAGUGAUCCUACUCCUGAUGACCUAGGUAUCAGUGAUAAUUCCGAGGAUACCGAGUAA